CGUAGAUAGUAGAAAGGGGAAUUCCCAACGUACCGUGAAAACCAAGUUGGAACGAACGCGCCCGCCACCUCCCUCUCUCUGGGUACUGAUGAUCGGCUACCAUAUUGAUUGUGGUAGGUUUUUACUAACAAAGAAAUGUAUUGAUGAAGAACAGAAAGUCAGUGGAUAGGAAGGUUAACAACAAUAAAGACAAUAUGGAAGAAAUCACUGAUGACACUUUCAGACAGUUGUUGACAGUUUUUUCGGAAUGGUAUGACCAGCUUAGGUACAUCAAUAUGCUGAAAGUUUUGUACAGAGAUCUCUUGAAAAACAAUUAUGAGUUGAAUAAAGCCUCCAAGGUGAUGGACCUAAUGGAUUUGUUAAUUGCUUCUGGGGAUCUGGAUUCAACAGAUCAAAGUCUUCUUUAUGAUACCAUAAACAUAUCAGAGCAAUAUGGCUUGGAAAAGAAAAUUAAAUGUAACCUGCUACCAUCAUUUCCAAAUGUUAAAGAUGUGAAAAUCUCAAAAUUCACUCAUCACAGACAAAAUGUUAUGAAACUUGGAAUGGUACUGAUUGAUGAAGAGGUAAAAAAGAUCAGUGGAUUGUAUAACAAACCAGUAAAGGAGUAUACAGACACAUGGAGUUUGAUUAUGGAUCUAGAGCACAACAGGAUAAUUUGUGAAGGAAAAAUGGACGCUUUCAUUGAGAAAUUGAAUACCCUGAAACUCCAACAAGCUGUGGAAGUUUUCAAAGAAGGUAUUAAUUUAAUUGCUAUUUGAUAUCAAUAUAAUAAUUGGUGAUUAUGUCAGAGAUGGUUAAAGUCCUACAGUAAACAAAGAAUCCACAAAACAAUGCAAAUUGAUUUACAGUUGAUUCAGAUUAUCAUCAAGGGACAUAGUCAGGGGCAUGAAUUAGACAAACUGGAACCCCUUCAAAUUACUACAUGUACCAGUAAAAUAG